CAAUUUUUCAGUAUAAUUUGAACCGUCGAACGAGAAGUUUGUACGAAUAUAAUGCGCUUGAUUUGCCUUUUGCUUUGGGCAGCUGUUUCGCUGCAGACUUGUCUGGCUACCAACAAGGUGAGCUGCAAGGAUGAGCAGGGACACGAUGUGGACUGGUGGUACAUGUACAAGCUGCCCAAGCACUACACGAAAGAUCAGCUGGGACAGGACGUGACAGGAUUAAGAUACUUCUUUGUGACCAGCACUGCUUACGAUAGCUGGAAGCUGUCUGGACGCCGCAUCGGCGAUUCCAACUCGAUGCCGGCACAGACGCUGAAUCCCCUUUACGCAGAUCCAAAAGUUCUGUUGGCCGCCUACAACGAUGAAUUCCCCAAUGGUACCGUCGCAAACACCGGCGGUCACACAAAGGGUGUGAUAGCCACCGAUGGAACAACGGGCAUGUUUUUGGUGCACUCGGUGCCCAAGUUUCCAACGGUACCGCAGUACAGCUAUCCCACAGCGGGUGAGCAUUACGGACAGAGCCUGCUCUGUGUAACCCUCGAUGUCGAGGGAGUUGAGAAGGUGGGUGAGCUGCUCGUCUUCAAUGAGCCCCACUUCUACUUCGAGCGCAAUCCUCUCAUGCGAACCGGCGAACUCUUUCCCAGUCUGGAGCGUGCUCUCAAGCGUCAGUGGCGCACUGAGUCGCCAUACCAAAAGGACAUCGAGGUGCGCUCAUUGAACGGCAAACAGUUCCGUCUCUUUGGCAAGAGUUCACGUGCCAAUGUGGAGCUCUAUAACGAUGUGGUGGCCCCAGCCUUGGGUGUCAGUCUCUUUGUCGAGGCGUGGCGCGACGGUGCUGGCAAUUUGCCCGACAGCUGCGACACCGCCAACAAAGUCUACAACGUCGAGGAGAUCGCCAAUCAGGACAUCUUCAUUGGCUUCAAGACAACCGGCGAUCACUCCAAAUGGGCUGUCUCCGAGGAAACUGGCAUCAAGCUGCACCGCUGGCGCAUCGGUGGUGGCGAUUGGAUCUGCAUCGGCGACAUCAACCGCCAGCAACAUCAACUCAAUCGUGGGGGAGGCACUGUCUGCCACAAAAGCUCACGAGUCUCCGAUCUCUAUCGCAAGCUGGUUGCCGAUUACGAAAAAUGUAACUAAAGGUCACAUCAUUUAAUAAAGUUUAAUCAAAAAA